CUGGCCCGCUGCUCACGCCAAAAGCCUGUCGACCUUCACACCACCUCUCAAUUGUGAAUGCCACGUCGUACGCAAAAGUCAUCAUGGCCUUGCGCAAGCGCGACCCAAACACUUUCGGACGGGCACGUAGCGAUGUGCUCGAGCGAGGAAGUCACAUUGAGAGUCACCUGUGACGAAAAGCAUGCGCACAGCGAUCUGCGGAGAGGGUCGAAGAGCACGCAGGCCAAAGGUAUCGGAGACUGCUGUACCUCGCUUUCAACGACUGCAGCUGCAGCGAUUGACGCAGGUAAGGUCACUGCUAGCUGCCCGAAAGCGCUUCAAACGAGUCGACGAGAGCGAAGAACCAGCGGGUGGCAACAGAUUAGGGAUUCAAUUCGGAUGACGGUGGUGUUUCGCAGAAUGCAAUAUGAUUAUACAAGAUGGAAGGGACAGCUCAGUAGAAUGCGUAAAGAUGUCGCGGGCUCGGCGGGCUGCGAUAUGUACCUCACAUUACCGGGCGUAUUGGGGCGCGGGAAAUCUCGCGAGUCCUCGGGUAUUGCUGCCUCGUCGAGGCCAUCACGUUCGACAUGAAUCACG